AUGGCUUCCUACUCGCUCAAGGCCGGAGUGGCAGUGGCCGCCGUUGCCUACUUCGUUCUGCGUCUCUUCCUGGCACGGUCACGUAGCAGCGCGAACCGGCCUCUGCCCCUGCCUCCGGGACCCAAGCCAAAACCACUCAUCGGCAACCUUCAGGACCUUCCACCAGCCGGCGUGCAAGAAUGGGCACAUUGGUCCAAGCACAAGGACUUGUACGGACCCGUCAGCUCGGUUUCCGUCAUGGGUCAGACGAUGGUCAUCUUGAACGACGCACAGGCGGCGAUUGAGCUUCUCGAGAAGAGGUCCGCCAUCUACUCGUCGCGCCCGAGGCUCGUCUUCGCGUUUGAGAUGUGCGGCUGGCUCAACUUCCUCUCCAGCCAACCGUACGGUGAACGGUUUCGGGCGUACCGGAAGCAUGUCCAUGUCCUCAUGGGCUCAAGCCAUCUCCUCGACAAGUUCGGACAGUUGCAGGAACAAGAAGUCGGCCGUAGUCUUCUCAGGAUUCUACAGAGGCCCGAGGACUUCGUGGACCACAUUCGCACCGAAGCCGGAGCAAUUAUCCUGAGAAUCGCCUACGGCUAUAACAUCGAGCCGCAUCGUGCCGAUCCUCUGGUUACUCUGGCCGAUGAAGCCCUCGACCAGUUCUCCAAGGCGACCGUGCCUGGUCGAUGGUUGGUGGACGUUGUCCCUGCCCUCAAAUACAUUCCUGAAUGGUUGCCCGGUGCCGGGUUCAAGCGGACAGCGAAGCAAUGGGAACAGACUGUUCAGCGGGUGGUGGAGGAACCAUACCGAUUCGUCCAAGACCAGGUCUCGAACGGGACGGCGCCGGAGUCGUACCUAGGCGACUUUCUCAAGGACGAGAAGCUCAGCCCCCAGCAACGGGUCGAAGUUAAAUACACGUCCGCCUCACUGUACACGGGGGGCGCUGAUACGACGGUAGCCUCCCUCUCGGUCUUUUACCUGGCUAUGACUUUGUAUCCGGAGGUUCAGAAGCGAGCUCAGGAAGAGAUCGACCGCGUGGUUGGAGACCACAGACUGCCGACUUUUGGUGACCGUGCAAACCUUCCUUACGUUGAAGCCAUACUCAAGGAAACCAUGAGGUGGCACCCGAUAGGGGCGAUGGGGGUCCCGCACGCUUCGAGUCGGGACGACGAGUUCAACGGAUACCAUAUUCCAAAGGGGUCCAUCCUCAUGCCGAACAUCUGGCUGUUCAUGCAUGACCCGGAGGUCUACAGAGAUCCGAUGCGCUUCAAUCCCGACCGCUUCUUGGAAACCGAGAGUCACCCCACCCCAGAACAGGAUCCCGCCAGAUACGUGUUUGGGUUCGGUCGGAGAAUCUGUCCUGGUCGCGUCUUGGCCGAUCAGUCGAUGUGGCUUAACGUGGCACAGAUGCUGGCGGUCUUUGAUAUAUCCAGGCCGCCUAAGGUUGAGGGUGAGGAUGCUGAUGACGUGGUCAGCAGCCCCAAGUUUUUGGGAGGGAUCAUCAGCCACCCGGAACCGUUUGAAGCGAAGUUUGAGCCACGGGACGCUCAGCGUGAGAAAUUGAUCCGACAGGUCGAAGAGAGGUAUCCCUGGGGAAAGGGGGAUGGUGAUUAUUUCAAGAAUUCUUUGAAGGAGUGA